AACCUACUGGAGUCAUUUGCUCCAGGGAUUGAGCUAUAUUAAGGAAAAUCGGUUCAAGGCUCAGCACGAAAGGAUUUUUUUUCAUUACAGGGUCCUUAUACCCACGCAGGGAACCAUGCCUCUGGAGGUGGUAGUGGAGCUGCAGAUCCGGGCGAUUUCUUGCCCAGGGGUGUUCCUUCCAGACAAGCAAGAUGUGUACCUCGGGGUUUACCUCCUGAAUCAGUACCAGGAGACAGACUGCUUUCCCUCAGUGUUCCCUAUUAUGAUUCAGCAGAGAAUGAGAUUUGAAAAGUUAUUUGAAAAUGCAAUCGAUCCUGGAGUUGUAGCAGACAUUUUAGAAAGCUUCCUAACCAGGUUGGAAUUAAUACAGCUAGUAUCUCCAGUGUGGGUAGAGUUGGCCUACUAUGAAGAAAACACACGGGAUUUUCUUUUCCCUGAGCCCAAGCUGACACCUUCACACCCUGGGAUGUAUAGGGAGGUGCUCAUGAAAACGGCUGCAGGUUUUCCAGGCAUUGCUCCCAAAAUAGAGUUUUCUACUAGGACAGCCAUCAGAGAAGGUGUGUUUCUACAUAGAAACAGAUUUCUUGAAGAAAGACAUAAGUCACAAAGGCCUUUAUCUACAUCAUAUGGACCCAAAUUCCCUUUAAAUAAUAUACAAGUGAAGCCAAAGGAGAAUAAUCUCAACAGACUACCCCAAAACAUGCAGUCCAGGGCGCCCUCUCCAUAUUCUACCAAGCAUUUCUUCCAGGACCAGCCAGCUCAAUUGAACGUUGGAAAUAAUUUCAGAAUCUCCAGAGAAAGCAAACCUCCAUUUGUAGUUAGACAUGUGGACAGCGCAAAGCCCUUCGGUGAGAAUAUUUCAGAGCAUCAUUCCCGGAAGUCUAGAAGAAAAUCUAAGUUUGCAAACAUUCCGUUUUCAAUGAGAAGAGCUUCUUCUCUUGACGGCUGUGCAGAUAACAUAAAGGUUAUCAAAGAGCCAGAUGAACGGAUUAUUUUGAGGAAUGAGUCACCAUCACCUUUAGAUUCAAGUAAGUUUGAGAAGUCUCGCCCAGUUUACAGUCACCGAGGGGAUGCCGAUUUCCACCCGGAAGCUUCCUUUGCCACCACCCUGCACUCCAGGUCUCCCAGCCCUCUCAUGGAUCAGCUGCUUCUUGGAGAAAGGUUCCACCCUGGUUGUCAGUCCACAUGGAAGAAGAUCCAUGAAAGCGUGUGCGGUCUUCUGACAUCCCCCAGAGCUCGGCAACACCUAAACAAGGAAGAUUCUAUCUCUGAAGUAAAUGAUACCUCUGAGAGACCAAGCUACCCUCUGAAGAAAUAUCCAGUGUAUGCACAGAGAUAUUUUUAAGCUGCUGUCUUAUUCUCACAUGUCGCAUGUGAAGUUUCAAAUCUCAGAGAGGAAACGGAAUGAAAACUGGAGGAGCAUCACAAAGAACUCCCUCAUCAACUGAUACAUCCUUGGAGAAAUGAACAACC